CAAUGAAAUGUAUAAUACCUGAUACAUAAUACCGGUCGCCGGCACAAGUGACAGGUAUUCAGGCAUGCACAUCAGAGAAGUGUUCUGCUUUGUCAAUUGUUUACUGUUAAUAAUUAAUGAGUACUUACCAGUCUUCCCAUUUACAGGAAUGUAAAGUGGAUAUCAAUUUUGGAAAAUGGCACAAGUGCAGAGGAUGUUGCAUCCAUGGAACCUUUUACUUCUUAUUUUAAUUCAGUUUUUGAUACAAUUCUUCACAUCUAUUUAUCUUUAUACUUAUGUGGCUCGUGUGGAGACUGAUGUCAAUAAUAUAAGAACUCAGGAGAUUUUAGAACCACAGAAACUGAUGCGCCGAAAACGGAAUAGUGCAUUGCCUGUAACAGAGGAUAACAAAGUUUCAGACACAUCCAGAGACAUGUUAAAAGAGUCCAAGAAAGUCACUUCUCCUCCCAUGGCAGUGUCUGGCCUGGCAUCUUCUCCAAUCACUCCCAUGGGACACGAUUGGGUGUGGCUAAAUGCAGACACUCGUGUCCAGGUUGAUGCCAUUGAGAAUUUUUGUCGAGCUUCAAUGAAAUACUGUCCACCAGGACUACCGGGAGCACCAGGAAGCCCAGGAGCACCUGGUGUGCCAGGUCUUCCAGGAAUGCAAGGAAUGACUGGUCCAAAGGGACCACCUGGUUUAACUGGUCCUCCAGGUCCUCGUGGAAUGAAAGGUGAUGUAGGACCACCAGGUUUCGAUGGUAGAGAUGGAGUUCCAGGUGAACCAGGUCUUGAUGGGAUUCCUGGACGCAGUGGCUUAGACGGAAUUCCAGGGAUAAAUGGUAAACCAGGGCUGAAUGGAUCUCCUGGGCGACCUGGUCGAAAUGGCACAGAUGGAAGGCCAGGUCAAAUAGGACCACAGGGACCACCUGGACAGCGUGGCGAUAUGGGUCCACCUGGUAGAUCAGGCUUGCCAGGUCAAGAUGGCAAGCCAGGGAUAACAGCCUGGAAGGUGAACAUGAAUGACUAUAAUCUAAACGAUCUGUUAAUUCCUCCUUCGAUUUUAGAUGAUAGAAUGUUACCAGCGAACAUGAACUCUACAAGACUGAUUUCAGUUAAUGAAGGGACCAACACACGAUUAAAAUGCGCAGCUAGCGGAAAGCCCGAGCCUGUUAUCCAAUGGUUUAGAACCGACGGUAGUGUUAUACCCGUAGGAUAUUGGCAUGUGCCUUCCAUUAUUGGACACACGUUUAACAUCAGCGUAGUGAACAGAGAACACAUGGGAGAGUACACCUGUGUAGCUGACAAUGGAAUCCCUCCUCGGGCAGUGAAGAGGUUUAAACUUGAGGUCAAGUUUCCGCCAUUCAUUCGAAUACGAAACCAAAUAAUCCAUGUACGAAGCCAAAGUACAGCGACUCUAGAAUGUGAAGUCGAAGCAUAUCCGGAACCCAGUUUUUAUUGGGAACGUGACGAUGGUCGUCGCCUAAGAAUGUCUGACAAAUAUAAAAUAGAGGUUUACGAUAAGAAAGAUAUUUAUAAGCACAAAAUGCGAUUGAAAAUUACUAAAAUAACUUUGGCGGACCAUGGUACCUACCAUUGUGUUGCCAAGAACGAUAUUGAUACUACCAAGGGCUCGUUCAUAGUCAAUGAUGAUAUAAAGAAUAUAGACAAAUUAAAGACUGGGAAACAUGUUAUCUAUGGGGAUCCAGCACCACGACACGUUGAUUUGGAGGAACUCUGUACACCGCGCGAGACUUGUGCAGCUUGCCCAGUUUUAAGAUGCACUUUUACAGAUGUUGCAGAAUAUUUGAAUGUUCAGCCACUUAGGAGCGUCAACUUUACAGGACUUCCUCCACGAUUGGCAGAUGGGGUAAUAGAAGCUUUAGGUAAGCCAGUUCUGAAAGGCACAAUGGAUGAUCAUUAUGGAAGUUGGAUGCAUGAUGCAUCUUCGAGAUUGGAUGGUUUUUCCGAUAAACUUUGGGUUACUAGAAAGAAUGAUACCGCUUUCAUUUUUGAGUACAAAUCGAAAGAUCAUUUUAAAAAUGGUAGUUCGUAUCCCAUUCCAUUGCCCUAUCCGUUUCAGGGAAAUGGGCAUAUAGUAUACAACAGAUCAUUCUUCUACAAUCCCAUAAAUCGGUCUUCCAUUUUUCGCUACAAACUCCAUUCGAUUUCUGAUCAUAUAUGCGACAAAGAGUUCCCACGAUGUGAACUUCAUCUUCCAGGAUUGCUAGUGAACACGAGAAACUAUCUCUACACACCUAAUCACAAUUUUAAUUACGUUGACUUUAAUGUUGACGAAAAUGGCUUAUGGAUAAUAUAUGGAUUACCAUCGAAUAACACAGUUGUGGUAAAAAUGGAUGCAAAUACUAUGAACAUUCAAUAUGCAUGGAAUAUUAGUAUCGAUCACCAUAAAUUUGGAGAAAUGUUUAUUGCUGGUGGAGUACUUUAUGCUGUUCAUAGUGUCACUGAAGAAACCAUGAAAAUAAGAUUAGCUUUCGAUCUUUAUAAAAAUAUUACCAUGCCCGUUCAUUUAUCGUUUACGAAUCCUUAUCAUAAAACUACAGCCGUUAGUUACAAUCACAAAACGAAGGAACUUUACACUUGGAAUAAAGGAAAUCAACUGGCCUACCCUAUAAAAUAUCAAGGUUUCGCGAAUGUAACUGCAAAAGAAGAACUGAGGAACAUAGAAACUGGCAUUUGAAAUUCCAGCCGAACUGGUUCUAUACGGUUUACAAAGUAUAUGUAUAUACACUUCGAAUUUUCAUUAAUAUAUGUACAAAAGAGAGACAAUAAGAGAAAACAUCUUUUGGCCUCUUUCAAAUA